CAGUAUGCUAUGUGAUCCACAUAGGCUGCGGCCCACAUAGUUAAAAUUAAAAUGGGAGAUCAUUCCACUUUAAAUUCCAGUGAUGUCAAUAAUGCUAAUAUUGAUACUAGCAAUAGUGGUAGACUACCAGGUAGUUUCAGUUUGAGUGAACCUAGACACUGUGGAUGUAAAGGAAUUAGGACAUGCCGCCUGUGUGGAUACUCCAAGUCAAAGCAAAAUAUCAUUCAAACACCACUUUAUGGACUUGACUGCCAGGAUAAUAAAGAAAAGGUUUGCAGAGGCGUAACUAUAAUAUAUUAAUAAUGUUAAAUUUACUGAUAUAAAUAGUGCAUAGUUAGGUAAUCUUCAAUUACAAUUUAUCUAUAAUUGUUAACAUUAUUAAACGUAGGUUAAAAAUGGGGACGCCUGCCACUUUUUAAUCCAAUUUCACGAAUGUAUCCCUAAAUCGAUUCCUAUGCCUAACCUGAACCCUAAAUCGAUCCCUAAGCCUAAACCUAACCUGCCUAAACCCUAAUUCACUGCAACUAUAAUAAAGACACAAAAGAUGCCGUGGCAACCGUCCUUGGUUUUAGCCUAAACUUAUUUUUUUUAAUACAGCAUUAGUUCUGAAAAUAAAAUUAUCAUUAAAACAAGAGUUAUAUAGCUCGUGGUGCCAAAAGCAGAAUUGGGUACCAGAAAAUGGAGAUGAUGUGGUCCAUGUUAAAAAAGGACGAAUUAAGUUGUACUUUAAAAAUUCAUAACUUUAAAACUACAACAGCUAAAAAUAUGAUUUUGAUGUUAUAAUUCUUUUUAAAAAUUAGCUUUAUUCAGGUAUGCCAUUGGUUUAUUUUUACAAAAAGUUUUAAUUUUCUAAUCAAAGUGCCUACUUAAGGCGGCGUCUUUUUUUUAACUUAAGGCUUAGAUCUAACUUACUACUUAAGACUUAAGGCAAUGAAAUUUAAGCGCGAUUAAUUAUUUCUAGUGAUAUAAAAUUAAAACUUCCUCUUUACCUGAUGGAACUAAAGGCCUAAAAUAGCGUCUUUUUGUUCAUGUACUAUAGCCAUUUAACAAAAUUGAACAAGAUAAAAAAUAAAAAAAAAGUAGCCUACAUUUCAUGAAUCUUUUGUCAUAAAUGACGCCAUUGUGGGAAAACAAUGGGAACUCUUCUGUCUUCAAAGAUACGUUAUAAAAGUUGCCUAAUUGGAUAUAUUUAGAUUUAAAUAAUUUUUUAAAUUUUUUUUUAGAUCUAUCUACUUUGUCUGAUAUUUCUUUCUAGCCCAUUGGAUCCAUGCACAGCCAUGUAAAGAUGGUACUCGCAAGGGCCCUCAAUAUCAGGGGGCGCAUUCGCCCAGGGCGCUGCUUUUCCUUUGCACGGUUGUGCAUCCAUUAUGGACGUAACGGGGCUAGAAUUUUGAAGGUGGGGGUAAUGUGGGAAAUGUUUGUUAAAACUUUAAAUACAAUUGUCAAUUUUCUUUCUUAAAAUUUGUGACAGCUUCGAUUUCUUUCUCAAUAAAUAGCUGGUGAUUUACUAAGACUAA